CUCCGACCCUCUCCCUCUAUUCGUCUUUUUCUUUUCCUUUCCACUCUCUCCUCCCUCAAAACAGCGUCAUUCAUCACCCCCUUUUGUUCUCUUUUUUUUUUCCCUUUCCUUUUCUUUGCUGUUGUGAUUCCUCUAAAGACCGAGGCGAACGCUAAGCCGAGGGAGGAUGACGACGAGCCCGAAGAAGGAGAGAUCGUCGGCAACCAAGACUCGGCGUCGUCGAAGCCUUCGAAGGGAAUUGCGCCGCAGUCUCACGCCCUGGAGCACUCCUGGACCUUCUGGUUCAAUAGCCCUGCCGCAAAGUCCGCCAAGUCCAAGCAGGAGGAUUGGGGCAGCUCCAUCGGCCCGAUCUACACCUUCAUUACCGUCGAGGAGUUCUGGAGUUUGUGAUAGAACAAAUUUGGCCAUUUUUUGGUGGUGGAAGAACCCUCGCAGGGAGGAGGAAGAAGCCCAGAACUCACAGAAGGGCUCUCAGGGAGGAGGAAGAAGCCGGUCUUAGCAAGUCCCAUGGUUUGGGGAGUGCCUCGCUAAGAACCUUUAAGGAGGCCUCUAGUCCACACGAGUCCCCUUUAGUCCCACUUAACUUAGUUCCAUCACCUAUCAAACAUGGGACUGUAGUCCAGUCCAGUCCAGUCCCUCCUAAG